GUUGAAUGUUCUGAACGGGAAUACCUUAUGUGCAGUCAUAUACUGGCCUGACUGCUCUGUAUGUUACCAACUCUUCCCGCUAACCUUUUGAGUCCUCGACUUUUGUGUAGUCAUUAAAACCCACCAUGAGCGGACGCGGAAGCAACCUAGAGCACCACGCUGGCGCAAGCAAGAUAGUUAGCACGCAAAGCCAACAAGAAAAGGGAAAGAACGUCUUAGCUACUCAAGAUCGAGGAAAGGAGAACAAGCAACAACUAAGCCACGCAAGUGCCUCGGACAACCACGAUGCCAGGUGUCCACAAGUAGGGAAGCAGAUACCCAAUGCUGAGACAGAAGCCGACGGGUUAGAGAAACUCUUAUUGGAAGCCGUCAUAAUCACUCAUGCCAAUCAACGGGAAAAAGUUAUACGAUCAGGAGGCCAUUCCACCUUGAAGCAAUAUUCCACCCGAGUAUCUUUCCACGAGCGCGACGGCGAGCAUCUCGUUGUCGUAGCGCAACAUGGGAGGCUUCAGAAAGGGGACAUAGUGAUACUGGAAGCCGUAGGACGCGGAACGAGCCGGUAUCUAGCGGUUAAGGAUGCGCUUCCAUCUAUUGAUCCUGUACUGUCAGACACUCGUAAAAAAGAGGGGAAAAAGAUGAGAGGGAAGAGUUAUUAUGAAACCUGGAAUGAUAUGCUCGCAGAAGGCGUCUUUGCAUGUUUGGGAGCAGAGCAACAAAUAAGUAAGGAAUUCUGCACGGAGUUGGAGAAAAAGGUACAGGAAGAACUGAAGCGUGGGAAGCCAGUGUUGUCUGGUUGGCUUUCUGGGUUAUUUUCUUAG